AUGACUGAGUCGCGCUCUUCCCCCACCGAGGGAAACAUCAUUACUCCAGCAAACUCGAACGAUUCCUCAAACAAACAUCAUUACGAAAUGGCCGAAGAACAUGAAACGACUGCAGUCUUUGUAUUCACCGCAAAGGAGGUUCUUUCCGUCGACUUCUGUCCCCAAAUCGCUGAUUUUUUGUUCCAAGUUCCUCGACAAGACCCUUUUGAACUACGCUUCGAUCUUUGGCAUCAAGGAAGCAUUGGUAUUUUUUAUAUUGGCUACAUGAUUGGCUCAAUGGUUUGGGCGAAGCUGGUACAAAGAUGGCCCGGACAUGCAGGAAAGUUCAUCGCGGGCGCUGUUUGCGCCUGGUCUAUCAUUGUUCUCCUGACUGUCAAAUGCACAAACUUCGCUGGUAUUGCAACUAUUCGGUUUUUCCUUGGCCUAUGCGAGAGUAUUAUUGGACCUGUUUUCGUUAUCAUUACCAGUAACUGGUGGACGCGCCCCGAGCAAGCUUUCAGAACAGCGUUUUGGCUUAGUGGUACUCCAGUACUGAUGCCGUUAUGUACAGUCCAAGGUUCGAUCGCGACAUGGAAGAUCUUUUUUCUCUUCUUCGGAUCACUCAGCCUCGCCUUCUCUUUCGUGCUCAUGUAUCUCAUGCCAGACAACCAGAGCAACGCCCGAUGGCUCGACGAGCGCCAGAAAACGAUCGCAAUCGAGAGAGUUCGAGAGAAUCAGACUGUUACAAAGGAUAGUGAGUGGAAGUGGCAUCAGUUCUGGGAAGCCCUACGAGAUCCACAAACAGUCUUCUUCUUUGUUACUGCCAUGGGUAAUACGAUGCCAUCAACCUUUGCUAGCCAGUUUUCAAGUCAGAUUGUGAAAGGUUUUGGAUUUACAGCUAUCCAAACCACUCUCAUUUCCACUUGCCCUGCUGCAGUCAUUCAGCUGUUGACGUUUCUUGUAUUCUCGUAUAUCGCGUCCAAACACAACAACAUCCGAUUAUAUCUGUCGAUCCUAGUUUCCAUUCCACCAUUGAUUGGGGCUUCCCUUCUGCACACACUUCCGACAACAAAUACAGCAGGCCGAUUAGCCGGAUACUUCUUAACAUACACUCAUUCCAUGUCUUUCACUCUCAGUGCAGGCCUUAUGGCUUCCAAUUACGCCGGCAAUACCAAGAAGUCAACAGCAUCUGGUAUCAUCUUCGCCGGGUGGGCAGCCGGCCUUAUCGCAGGUCCUCAAUUCUUCCUAGAAAGAGAAGCACCUACCUACGACCUAGCCUUUAAGAUGCUGAUGGGAUGCUAUGCGCUCAUGGUGGUACUACCCAUCCUACAGCUUAUUUGGUAUAAAUAUGAGAAUGCGCGCCGCGAUAAGCUUUGCGAUGAGUCCGUAGCCAACACUAGGCCAGAGUUCACCGAUGAGACAGACUUUGAGAAGUGGCGUACUUUUCGAUACACGAUGUAA